UGAGAGUUUAGUACCAGCAGGGGGAGGUAACGAGGCCAACUGCUGUUAAAGGCCGAAGAAGAAGAAGCUGCUGCCCUCACUGUCGAAACGGAAUGGCGGCUUUGGCAGAAACCAUGGAGAUUUCUCAGGGGGAGAGUUCAGCCAAGCCUGCAGCUGAAGACAUGACGUCAAAGGACUACUACUUUGACUCGUAUGCCCACUUUGGAAUCCACGAGGAGAUGCUGAAAGAUGAGGUUCGUACUCUGACGUACCGUAACUCGAUGUUCCACAACAAGCAUUUAUUUAAGGACAAGGUUGUGCUGGAUGUGGGCAGCGGUACGGGUAUCCUCUGCAUGUUUGCUGCUAAAGCUGGAGCCAAGAAGGUCAUUGGGAUAGAAUGCAGCAGUAUCUCAGACUACGCUGUGAAGAUCGUCAGUGCGAACAAGCUGGAUGAUGUGGUGACCAUCAUCAAAGGCAAAGUGGAAGAGGUGGAGCUGCCAGUAGAUGGAGUUGACAUCAUCAUCUCAGAGUGGAUGGGUUACUGCUUGUUCUAUGAGUCGAUGCUCAACACUGUCAUUUAUGCCCGGGAUAAAUGGUUGAAGCCAGAUGGACUCAUAUUUCCAGACCGGGCCACCCUCUAUGUCACAGCCAUUGAAGACAGGCAGUAUAAGGACUACAAAAUCCACUGGUGGGAAAACGUGUACGGCUUUGACAUGUCGUGCAUCAAGGAAGUGGCAAUUAAAGAACCUCUGGUGGACGUGGUGGACCCCAAGCAGCUGGUCAGCAACGCCUGUCUUAUCAAGGAGGUGGACAUUUACACGGUGAAGACGGAGGACCUGUCCUUCACCUCACCUUUCUGCCUGCAAGUGAAGAGGAACGACUACAUCCACGCCCUGGUUACCUACUUCAACAUCGAGUUCACCCGCUGUCACAAGAGGACCGGCUUCUCCACCAGCCCAGAGUCUCCUUACACCCACUGGAAGCAGACGGUCUUCUACUUGGACGACUACCUGACUGUCAAGACCGGAGAGGAAAUCUUCGGCACAAUUAGCAUGAAGCCCAACAUCAAGAACAACAGAGACCUGGACUUCACCGUAGACAUCGACUUCAAGGGUCAGCUGUGUGAGAUGUCAAAGACGUCGGAGUACAGGAUGCGCUAGGAGCCACUGUCCCUGUGUCCGGUUCCAUCCUGUUUGGAGGACAUCCAUGUGGGAGUCUCUGUACAGCAGUUUUACUUUUUCCUGGAGC